AUGAAUUUGAGAGACCUGGUGGCGGAGAAAUCGGUGGUGGUGUUCGCUCGCAAGGGCUGCUGCAUGUGCCACGUGGUCAAGCUGUUGCUGAACGGCCACGGCGUCAAUCCGGCUAUUCUCGACGUCGACGAGCUGGACGAAGCCGAUGUAACCCAGGUUUUCGGCGGUGCGCCGCAGUUUCCGACGGUUUUUGUAGGCGGAGUGCUUUUCGGAGGGCUGGAGCAGGUGAUGGGGGCUCAUAUCUCCGGCGAAUUGGUGCCCAGAUUGAGAGAAGCUAGGGCUUUGUGGCUUUGA